AUGGAUACAAUAGUUGAUAAUGUUCAAUUCACCGGGGCUAUUGCCCUGAAGAAAUUGUUAGGGCUAAAGGAAUAUAAGUUACUGGGUAGCGAUGAAGUACCGACCAAGAUGUUGAAAGACCCCGCCAGUGUUCGAAUAUCGUUCAUUGUUUACAUCAAUGAUGGCGUCAGCGAACUGGAUUGCGAUAUCGCCAUUUUUGCGGAUGAUAUCAAACCUUGGCGCGUCGUUCAAACUGCGGUUGACGAAGAGCACUGAUUUAAGGCCUUAGAAUGCUUUAAAUGCGCUAGUACGAGGAGCGUUGAUCCAAAUCAAAUCGGGGCCUUUUUCCAUGUAUUGGCGAUGACCGACGAGAUAGGUUUUGAAUUGGUCUACCCCGAAAACUGUAAGGAGCUAUCUGAGGAUUUGAAACCCGAGGAAUUUAGAAAGCGCAUUAACGUAACUUUCUAUGAGUCCAUCGAUGAGCAGUCCCAAGAAAUGGAUUGUCGCCCAAAUACUGCUUCAAAGGAGCGAUUGAAAUAUGCCGGCAUUUGCAUUCAUCUACUCUCUCCCCAGUUUACGCACUAUCCCGAUAUCGAUAUCAGAUUGCGAAUCGGCGUUGCUCUUUGUCGCAUGCUUACCAUAUUUUGUCCCUUAAAUCCGUUUGAACAUGCGUCGAACUGCCAAUCCGUAGUCGGGAAUUCAACGCUUCAUCAAACAGAUCCGGAACUGUGGACCUCAUUUUUAAGUCGCUUUAAUGAUAUAGACGUCAACAUCCGAUCGUUCUGUAUUCAAAUGGUUCCUCUUUUACUGAGAAAUCCAGAAAUACCAAAAUCGCAAAUUUUCGACUGUUUGAGGGCCUCUGCAAUGGAUAGGUCCGACGCCGUACGUUUACUUGCCCUAAAAACUGUUGCAUCCCUAAUGCGUGAGGCAAAAGACGACUCGAUAGGCGAUUUCUUCGAACUUGUCCACAACAGAUCCAGAGAUAAAUCCCUUAAUAUCAGGAAAGAGGCUCUAGCUGAGCUCGCAUCUUUCUACAAACGAUGCCUUCUCUCCGGCAAGCUAGAUCUUGAACGAAUGACUGUUGCAUUAAAUGCUACUCUACACAUGUAUUAUCAACCGUCGGCGGAAGACAAGUAA